AUAUAGAACUCUAGCAUGUAUAUAAUCCUCACACCUUGAGGUGUCCACGUGCUGUCAACGGGUCCAAAGAGCAAGUCGGACAUCAUCAGCAGACACUUGAACCACAUUAGCAGCUAAUUUUCAAUUUCAUCCUUGUUACCUUGUCAAGCAAAUCAAGCGAUCAAGAUUUAUAUCUGUUGGUCCAUCAUUCACGCGAUCAAUUCAUAUUACUGACAGUGCGAAACGGCUAAAAACGCGUGAAAGGGGGAGCUCUUAUAAACGCUGGCGCGUGUGUCGUCUGCUAGUAUAAUCACUCUUCUGUCAAAGGAAGUACGUUUUAGUCUCCAGUCAAAGAUGGCCGCGCCCAGUGAGAAACUUAUGAAACUUCUACCUUUGGUCAGAGAUUAUGCACGUUCUUUCAAUGGGAUGUUUGUAUAUUCGCUUCGGGAAAAGAAUCUCAGUCAAUUGAGAACUCGGAGGAGCAAAAUUGGGAAGACAGCAAGUGAACAUCAUGGUCCUUCCAAGAAAUCAUCAUCUGGCAAUAAACUUCCUCUUGUCUUUAUACCUGGGCUAGCAGUGGUUAAAGCUGCCAGUUUUGGAUUUGGGAUUAAGCCAGCCACAAAAGAGUCCCCACCGAGUGACCCAGCUGCAGCCCAAACCCAGACCAUUAUUGCUGAAGCCGACCGUCUCUAUGAAGACAAUGAUCCGAUUCAGCUGUACAAUUACCUCAUCCAAUUUAAAGACAUUGAAAAUGAUGGAAUCUUGUGGCGCCUUGCUAGAGCUUCCUGUGAUAAAGGAAAAUUUCUUGGAAAAAAGGACAAAAAGCAACGACGUGUUUGUGUUUACGAAGCAUUUGAAUAUGCUAAGAAGGCACUUGCAUUAAAUAAAGAAAACUUCGCAUGUCAUAAGUGGUAUGCGAUACUGCUGGAUUACACAGGGGAAUAUGAAGGCACAAAGCAGAGGAUAUCCAAUGCAUACACAGUCAAGGAACAUUUCCUGAAAGCAAUAGAGUUGAACCCCAGAGAUUCUACCUCCAUGUACUCAGUGGGAUACUGGUGCUAUGCAUUUGCUGACCUGGCGUGGUACCAGAGGAACAUCGCUGCUGCUUUGUUUGCCUCCCCACCCAAGUCUACCUAUGAAGAGGCUCUGGAGUACUUUCAGAAGGCUGAGGAAGUUGACCCGGGUUUCUACAGCAUGAACCUUGUGAUGCUGGGAAGGACGUACAUGCAUCUAGGCAAGCCUGAACCUGCAACCCACUACCUGAAGCAGGCCAUGCAGUACCCAGUCAAGACAACUGAUGAUGAACAGGCUCACAGAGAGGCAGAGGAAUUAUUGAAGAAGUUAGGAGUGAAGCAGUGAAAAUAUACAUUGGAAACCUCAUGAAGCAAAAUGUUAAAAAAGCAGAUAAUUUUGAUGAAUGCCGUAUGUGGUAUUUAUAAACAUGUAAUAUAUGCAUGACUGUAUCACACACUUCUGUCUUGUUACACAUGUGUGUUUUAAACCAGGUGAAUGAGAGUAAUAGGUUCUUCUGUGACUGAGAGAGAGAUGUGUCAGUAUUGCGUGCAAGAAUCUUCUCAUGAAUAUGCAGUCUGUUUGAAUGUCUGUGUUGAUGGCACAGAACAAAUUAUAUAGUUUGUGAAACUCUUCUUCAUCAUCAUCCAUCCACAACUGACUGCCACAGGAGACUGAUUGCUAGCAUCAUCGUGCUUUUACUGUAGUAGCUCAGGGUAAAACUAGAUCAUAUUACACUGCACAUGGGGGUGGAGCAUACUCUGUUUCUCAUUUACAUAUAAAUAAAAAAGUCUGAAAAAUGAUUUUGAAUUUUCUUUUGAUGUCAACUGUAUCUACUUUUGUAGACAAGAGUUUGAUGUUUCUUGGCAAGCCACAGAUUUUUCAUCUUUCUUUGACCUAUAUUAAAAUAUAUUUGAUAUCAAUACACACUUAGGUGAUAUUCUGUAUGGAAAAUGUAUAGAAUUAUAACUGAUGUCAUAAUGCCACUGAUUGAAUAACUGGUAAAUAAUGUCAUCUUGAUAGUUAUCAGUCUACGAUCAUGUCUAACCAACGUAUUCAUAAAUUUCAUAAGGAAGUUGAUAUUGUUUAUCAUAUUGUUGUAAACUGUCAGUAAUUUAAUGUGGGUGAUGUGGAAGCUCUGAUGUUGAUGUGAACAUACAGACUGAUAACCUUCCUUUGUUGGUAUCAUUAUCCAUGACAUUUAUUUGUAAAUUUGAGAAAAUAUUUAGUUUAUAGAAAUGUGUUUUUCUUACUCCAAGUAGGCAUUUUGAAAUUUCUUUCUUUCCAUAAGAAGACAUAAAGAAGAGUGUGUUUGAAUUUCAUCUAUGAGUAAAACUGUCAGCUGUGGAUGAAUCCCAGAUUUUACCAUGACAUUAUUUUUGCAAAGCCAGUACUAUGGUUUGCAUUAGUUUAUUAUUGUAUUUCUUCCACACUCAGCUCACAUGUCCUGGUAAUAUUAAAAUACUGUUCAAAGGUCAACCUAUUCUUGUGUUUUAAUUUUUUGACAUUUUUUGAAAAGUCUGAACUGAGUAAUCAGCUGUCAUGGAUACACAUACUUUUGUUUACUGCUAAUUCCAUGCACCUAACCCCUACACCUUCUACCUUAGUUAACUGAUUAUAUAUAUUGUACAUACUUUGCUCUCUCUUCUCUCUGGGGGUUUACAACAUGCUCAUUAGAUAGUAGAAAUGCUUCAUUGUGGAAUGAUAUUCCUUUUAUAAUUGUGUGGUUUUUUUUUCAAAUAUUUUUCUCCCAAUCUGACACUGUAAUUUGGGGUGAUUUACUUGUGAAGUGAAAGUUCCACAAAAGCCUUUAGUAAAUUUUAUGUUGUUUCAUUUUUGCUUGUAAUAGACAACCCAUUUGCAAUAUUUUCAAAGGGAUUUUAUAUGGAGACUAUUUAUUUUAUCAGGUACCACUGCAAGACAAGAUAGGUUCUGAAUGACAUAGAUGAGCCUAAAUAUAAAGUAAAUGAAAGCCACCCACCCUGCCACAAUUUCAUUUUUGGGCAGAUAAUGUAUAGACAUUCUGAUGCUUAAUGGUUUCAAACCUUAUCUGGGACCAUUUGUGUUUCAGUGAAAAUCUAGGACCUUGUCGAUAAUACAUACAAAAUUGGUCUCUCAUGCACACUACAUGGUGACUACAAAUUGUGUUUGACAGAUUGUAUUAUGUACUUCUAGCAGGCUUAAUUCAAUGAAAUGCCAGUGAACACUCUGUUGGAUAAGGAAGACCUAUUAUCUGAUACCACCUAAUACAAAACAGCUACACCAGAUCAAUGGUCAGCUAAUGGGGAAAUGUUUAUGUUGUUGUCAUCUCUGUUUGUCAAGAUGAAACACUGAUUGUCACUAGCUUGGCUCAUUCAUAGGAAAUCAUUUAAAUGGGACCUCAAUCACCUCCCACAUGAUGACCUAGUCUGUUAGACUGUCAGUGUUUUCCCAGAGGUGUUUCCAUACAUCUAUGGUAGGUGUUCAGGUUGCUGUAGUUUGGACAGCACCAAGGCCAUAAGCUUUGAAAUGUUGUAAACACAUAAAUUAUUGUUACCUUGCAUGGUGUUGAUGAUGUUGACGUGGAAUUGAUAUGCCCUUUUACUCAGUUUUUAUAUACUGCUUUUAGCUGUUUUGAUCACUCUUUCUGCUGAUUGGACUCCAUGAAACAGGAUAGCUCACUGAUAACAAUCACUGUUUUUAGCAAUAUAAAACUGUUUCUAUUUUCAGACCACUUUGGCUUUUAGUAACACUUAAUGACGUCAGAAAAUAAGAGAUUGUUUUUACUGAAUGUGUGAGUGAGUGUUGUGAUAAACCAAUUUUUGGUUUCUAUGGUAAAUAUUAUUUGCAGUCAUUUUUAUAUUUACAUGCAUUUUUUUUUCACAUAUUGAUUAUCAGGACCAGGGGCCCAUUUCGCAAAGCGAUCGUAGCGCUAUGACUGUCGUAAGUCUAUGUUAAAGUAUGGCAGUUACCAUCACCUUAGCACUACAAUCACUUUGUGAAAUGGGGCCAAAGAUGUUAAGGAAAGCACAAGCAUUACUCAUUUUAUGAUACCUUUAUGUGGGUGACCCUUGGUAUAAUUUGCAAAUGCAAAUCAGUAUUCUCCAACCCACAUAUGUACACAUGAGCUGGUAUCAUUUUGUCAGCUGUAUUUUAGCAUGUCCAUGUGUGUAGUGUGUGUAUUUAUUAUUUUAUCAACAGGAACAAAUGUUUGGGAACAAGUGCACUCACUGUUUUUCUCCAUCCUUUAUGUUUUACCAUUCAUUGAUACACUGAUAUGUUUAGACUGUUCAUUGACGGGUGUGGUUCUCUGUCUAAGAGGUUGUUCUGUGUGUUGCUGACCCUGUGAUCAAUAAAUUGUUCAACUCUCA